AGAGGUUGUGGUGAGCCGAGAUGGUGCCAUUGCACUCCAGUCUGGGCAACAAGAGCGAAACUCCAUCUCAAGACUAUGGCUCAGAGGAAAAGGCAUUGAACUUGAACUGGGAAUGAACUGAAAGUGAAUUUCAGCAUGCGAUAUGCAUAGAUCAUUCUUUGCACAAGCCACAUCUUUUAGUGGCUCCACAUGAACUUAUCAGGCUAGGUCAUACGUUUACCUAGAUAACACAGGCUUUGAAUACCAACCUGAGGGAUUUGGACUAUAGGCGAAAUAAUAUAGGGAAAACAUUAUUGUAGGAAAAUAAUCCUUUGGAGUCACCUAGGAUGGAUCACGAAGAAGAAAAGUCAAGAAGCAGAGGCAAGAAACUCAGUUAAGUCAUUUUAGUGUUUCAGACUGCUGCAGUGAUGAAAACUAAACUGAGUGCCAUUAGAACAGAGGAAGGGAUGAUUUCUUGGAAACUCAUAUACUCAUUAAUGGAUUAUUUGUACACAGUGGUUUUUAAGUGGAAUUUAGUUUAAAACAUCACAAAAAUUACCCAUUUUUAAAAUUACUUUUAUGAUACAUUCAGGAAUUGUAACACACUUCUUUUAUAAAAACUUUCAAUUUCUUCUAAAAAAUUUUUGGUACAAAAGAUACUCAGUGUUUCUGUAUCUUAUUACAUCUUCAUGGUUCAGAGCCAGAACAUGUAUUUGAUAACACAUUAUGUUGUAUAUAUCUAAAUGAUUUCAUAAUGAUUUGAAAAGUCACAAAAGCCACACAGCAAAGCUUGUAAUUCUUCUAGUUAUGAAAAAUAAGAGCCUCUUUUGUGAGUUGAACUUUUUAGUCGUAGAGUUAUGGAGGGUCAUGGUUUAGGGUAACUGAUUGUCAUUUAUGUAAUAAACCACAUGGUUGAUUACGAUGUUGUAGAUAAGCAUAGUAGACUUUGCUCUGUAUUAAUGGCCUGCAAGGAAACAGGGAAGUCUUUAAUCUUGGUAAGGUUUCAUUCAUCCCAAAGCACACUGCAGAGUGAACAAUACUGGAAAAGCAGAUGCAGAGGCAUUAUGAAAAACCUCUGUUUCAGAGUCAUUACCAUAGUUAUAGGUCUUUAUUUUACUGGAAUAAUGACAAAUGCAUCAAGAAAAAGUAAUAUUUUAUUCAAUUCUGAAUGCCAAUGGAAUGAAUAUGUUCUGACAAAUUUUUCUUUUACCGGAAAGCAUGAUAUACCUGUGGACAUACCACAAACAGCAGACACUGUGGAUGUAAGUUUCAGUUUCUUUAGAGUUAUCUUACAGUUUCACAUGAAAAAAGAAGAGUGGAAAAUAAAACAUCUGGACCUCAGUAACAAUCUCAUAUCAAAAAUAACCUUAAGCCCUUUUGCAUACUUACAUGCUUUGGAAGUGUUAAACCUGAGCAACAAUGCCAUCCACUCCCUCUCCUUGGAUCUACUCAGUCCUAAGUCCUCAUGGGUGAAACGCCACAGAAGCAGCUUCAGAAAUAGGUUUCCAUUGCUGAAGGUGCUCAUUCUUCAAAGAAAUAAACUCAGUGACACUCCCAAGGGACUGUGGAAACUGAAGUCAUUGCAGAGUUUGGAUCUGUCAUUCAAUGGGAUAUUGCAAAUAGGGUGGUCUGAUUUUCACAACUGCCUGCAACUGGAGAAUCUCUAUUUAAAGAGCAACAAGAUAUUCAAAAUUCACCCACAAGCCUUCAAAGACCUCAAAAAAUUACAGGUCAUAGACCUCAGCAACAAUGAUCUGUCCACCAUCCUACCAAUGAUGAUCAUAGCUUUAGAAUUUCCCCAUCUAAUGGUUGACUUGGCUGAUAAUCACUGGCAGUGUGAUGAUAGUGUGACAGUCUUUCAAAAUUUUAUUUCUGAAUCCUGGAGGAAAACGUGGAAUGUCAUUUGCAACAGGUCUAUAGGGAGUGAGGAGGCCAAUGGGGGUACUCCCCAGAGCAGGAUUUCCAGGGAAACCAGCCUUCCUCCCAUUCAUCUGCAUCCCGUGAAAAGCCUCAUAAGGAGCAAAGCAGAGAGGCCCCAGGGAGGAAGGCACAUGGGUGUUUCCACUCUGGGGAAGAAGGCAAGGACCAGCUCUGGUCUCAGGGAGAAGCAGAGAUGGCUGCCAGGGAGUGUUAGAAGCAGGCGCGAUGUGCAGGCUGCCGGCAGAAAGGAGGACGCUCCCCAGGACCUGGCUCUGGCAGUGUGCCUGUCAGUGUUCAUCACAUUCCUUGUCGCCUUCUGCCUGGGGGCUUUCACAAGGCCUUAUGUUGACAGACUGUGGCAACAAAAGUGCCAGAACAAAAGCCCUAGCCUGGACAACGCGUGUUCAAACGAGGGCUUUUACGAUGACAUCCAAGCUGUGGGGCACACACCACACCCAGAGUCCCAUCUGCGCCAAGCAUUUCCUCAUCUAAGCCUCUACAAGAACCAGACCCCUUUCUGGGCGACACAGCCACACUCACAUGCCACCAUAAUUCCUGAUAGAACUCUGGGAAGCAGCAGGAAGGAUCCUGGCAGUCCGCAGAGCUCAGGACAGUGUGGGAACAACACCGGGACAGGAAGUGGAAAUGAUAGUGCAGUCUAUUCCAUUCUCCAGAGAUACCCACAUGCUGGUAACCAUGAACUAAUGUCAGCAACACAGGAUCACAUCCAUAGGAAUGAUGUUCUUGGAGAACGGACUUACGAAACUGUGGCCCAGGAAGAGUCUCUCAGUGCACAUUCAGUGGGCGUCUCUUCUGUAGCUGGCACGUCUCGUGCUGUCUCUGGCUCCUCUCACGCUGUCUCUGGCUCAAGCUGUUAUGAUUCCAAUGAAUUAGACCCAUCCCUCUCCGGAGAAAUGACAGCUUCCCUCUGUAAAAUGCUAACACAUGCAGAAGCACAGAGGAUUGGAGACAGUAAGGAAAGAGGGGGCACUGAACAGUCACUUUGGGACUUGCAGAUGGAAUUUUCUAAGGAAAGGCAAGUGAGUUCGUCCAUCGAUUUGCUGAGCAUACAGCAGCCAAGGCUCUCGGGGGCAAGUGCUGAGGGAGCACUUUCAGCCCACUACAGCGAGGUUCCACACGGUGACCCAAGAGACACGGACCCAUCAGUCUUUCCUCCAAGAUGGGAUGGUGGCCUGGAUAUCACUCCUUCUAACAAGGAACCAGUGCAGAAAUCCACUCUUUCUGACACUUGCUGUGAGUUGGAGAGUGACUGUGACUCUGAUGAGGGGUCUCUGUUCACUCUGAGCUCCAUAAGUUCAGAAGGUGCGAGGAGCAAGACUGAAGAGGCAGCACCUGACGAGGAGCCCCUGCAGGACGAGAGCUCUGGGGCAAGCAAGGACAAUGUGACGGCUAUAGACAGUCUUGAGGACAAUGUCACCUUCCAGACAAUUCCAGGGAAAUGCAAGAAUCAGGAAGAUCACUUUGAAAAAUCUCUCAUUUCCACUCCAGACUCUGGUGUGUACAAGACUCAUCUGGAAAAUGCCUCUGACACUGACAGAUCUGAGGGCCCAUCACCCUGGCCCAGGUCACUGGGGAAUAGUCCCUUAGGGGAUAAGAUUCCGGGCAUGUUUACUUAUAAUUAUGACACAGCUUUUCAAUCCAAGGCAGCAGAAUGGCAUUGCUCACUUAGAGACUUAGAAUUUUCUAAUGUGGAUGUUUUACAACAAACACCACCAUGUUCUGCUGAAGUUCCCUCAGAUCCUGAUAAGGCUGCCUUCCAUGAAAGAGACUCAGACAUUUUAAAAUAAGAAACUUUCAUUAAGGAAAUAUUCACAGCUCUAAACAAUAUUCCUUUCAUGAUCAUGGCAGGGGAAAACUAAAACCUUCACAACAAGAUCCUGAAGGAGACAACAUGAAUUCCAACCAGGUGGACACUGAUGCAAAUGAGGGUUUUGUGGGCCCACUUGAGGAGGAUGAUUCUAGAAGGGUUAUAAGCUAAACACACUUGUUAACAUCCUGUGGGGAUGAACCUGCUCUUCAGUGUGAAAGAGAAAGAGGGGAAUAUUUUGAGAUCAUUCCAAGAACCAUGCACCAUUAUUACAAGAGCUCCCAAAUGAAACCAGUUCACUAAGAACACAGGAGCACUUCAUCAAUAGGUUGGGAUAAAUAUUCAGAAGAUAAUCUGUUGCAGUUAGACAAAAUGAUUCUAACUUUCCUUCUCAAAUACAGACGUGGAACAAUCUGAUGGGAUUUGGCUCUCUGAAAAGAACAGCUUUAGGAUGACAAAGACAAGGAUGUUCAACUUUAUCAUCAAAGAGAAUUCAAGUGACAUUUUUUCAUACAUAUUGAAGCACUUAAAUGGAAAUGCUGGAUAGAUUUUAAUGAAUUCUGAACGCACACUAGCACAACUUUUUGGAGGCUGAUCAUGAAACUGCAAAAUUGAGAAAAUUCUGAGUAAUUAUAAAUGUUUUUAAAUAAGUUAUGUUAAAAGAGAAGUGGGACCACUUUUUAGAACGAAGUGUAAAUUAAAAAAUCAAUUUUCAAGAAAA